AUGACGGCAUUGGAUUUAUACCAUUUGACGUUAGAAGGUAAAUGGAGUGAAGUGGUGAAGGCAUACAAAGAAAACGCAACGAAUCACAUGAUGCCGGUCAACAGCGAUGAAGACACGGCGUUGCAUGUGGCAGCAAACGACAACAAUACAGACGCCGUUGAGCAGCUGGUGCGUGAAAUUAAGCAGACAUCGUUGGCGUUGGAGAGUUUGAAACAAAAGAGUGUUGCAGGGGACACAGCGUUGCAUUGUGCAGCAUUUAUAGGGUCACUCAAGAUGUGUAAGUGCAUCAUUGAAGCUGAUCAUCAUCAUCAAAGACACGUGUUGAUUGAAGAAUGCAACGAAAAAGGAGAGGCUCCUCUGUUCUCGGCUGCUGUAAGUGGGCAUAAGGAAGUUUUCUUUUACCUCCAAUCUUGUUGCGCCGACCAGUCUCUUGGGCCAUGCAGAAGAACAAGCGAUGGCCAGACAGUCCUUCAUCGUGCCAUCAGCCGAGACUACUUUGGUCAGUAA